CCACCCUCAGGGGCGGCGGCGGCGGCGGCGGCGGCGCGGCCAUGGCGGACCGGCUGACCCAGCUGCAGGACGCUGUCAACUCGCUCGCGGACCAGUUCUGUAACGCCAUCGGAGUGCUGCAGCAGUGCGGCCCCCCGGCCUCCUUCAGCAACAUCCAGACGGCCAUAAACAAGGAUCAGCCCGUGAACCCCACGGAAGAGUAUGCCCAGCUGUUCGCAGCUCUGAUCGCUCGCACUGCCAAGGAUAUCGAUGUUCUCAUAGAUUCCCUGCCCAGUGAAGAAUCCACAGCAGCUUUGCAGGCUGAGAGCCUGUACCGGCUGGAGGAGGAGAACCACGAGGCGGCGGCGCGGCUGGAGGAGGUCGUGUACCGCGGGGAUGUGCUGCUCGAGAAGAUCCAGAGCGCCCUGGCCGACAUCGCCCAGUCGCAGCUGAAGACGCGGAGCAGCACCCACAGCCAGCCCCUGCCCGACUCGUAGCGCCAGGGGGCAGCGCGGCCCUGCCCAAGAGCCUCGGGAACGCCGCUGGAUACGCCGGGAAUGGAUGGGCUGGCCCGGCCAGCGUCGGGAGCGGUGCCUUUGGCACAGCUCGGCUGCGGGUUUUGUGUGAGAAACGCUUCUACACGGGCUCUGUUCCGGAUCUGCGUGGAUUGAUGUGUGUUUCCUUGACUCGAAAUGAGCUUUCUGUUCACAAAUGUGACUUCAGUUGAAUUUGUUACAUAUUAGAAGUAUUUGUAUAAAUUAAUCCCACCAUGAUAUGUUUUUUUGUAAACCUCAGACACAUGAGUUGGCUAGACAGUGCUGUGAAUGCAGUGAUGAUCAUCUCUUUUAAUUUACAGCGCUGACAAUGUUGAUUGGCUGGUUUACCACCCUUUACACGGCAUAUGAAAGGAUAAGUAAACUGAUGUUUACAGAGUGAUUGUUCUUGUCAUUUGCAUUGCAUUUACAAAGAAAUAAACCUGCAGGUGUCUGA